AAAUCACAGUUAAGUGUCACGGUGGACUGUCCACGUGUACACACUUGUACACGUGGCAAAUUUUUAGUGGUCCACGUAAUAUUAAUUUUAAAAAAUAAUUAUAAAUAUUUAAAAAAAAUUAAAAAUCAGAAUUUUUUUUUUACUUUUUUUAAUUUAAUUUUUUUUUUAUUUUUCUUCUUCUUCUUCUUCUUCUUCUUCUUCUUCUUCUUCUUCUUCUUUCUUCUUCUUUUUCUGCAGAAACCCUCCAUCCCUGGGACCUCACACCUCAACCAUAAACCCCCCGUGACCACCGGCCUUGAACCCCAACCCCAGCGACCCCCUUCCUCACAGCCCAAAAACCCACAUUUUACUUUUCGUUUAAAUGCAUUAUUUACUAGCUAAUUUUACAUUUGAAGAUGUUAUGGUAUAUGGGUUUUUGGUUAAUAUUGAUUUAGUCCUUCUGUUUUGAAAAUGCAGGUUAAUUUGGUUGGUGGAUUUCCUGGUGAAAUGGGAAACCAAGGAUCAUCACACAAGGAUCCCUUUCUACUCGAGAGGAGGCAACGCACGGCCAUGGAUUUCUUAGUUCGAAUUUCAAGGAUUUCCUACGGUGAUGUCCUUAUAAUGUUUGAUGUUGAUGAAAUCCUAAGCCCUCACACUAUGAAGCUACUGCAAUGGUGUGAUGGUGUACCCCCGAUUCUGCAUCUCGAGCUAAAGAACUACAUGUACUCUUUCGAGUUCCCAGUAGACCACAACAGUUGGCGAGCUUCUGCACACAUAUAUGGCCCACAAACCCGCUACCGCCAUUCUCGCCAAACAGAUUACAUUUUCUCAUAUGCAGGAUGGCAUUGUAGCUUUUGCUUUCGGCUCAUUCAAGAGAUGAUCGAAAUUGGGGUUGGGGUUGGGAUUGGGAUUGGGAUUAGGGUUUGGAAAUUGAUUGUAAGGAGGAUAAUAGGGGAGAGAAGUGUAAUCGCCUUGCUGCAUCGUUAAGGUUAGGCUUAUGGAGGUUCAAGGCUUUGACUA